AUGGAGCACGUUGUCAUCGUGCACGCAGGCGCCGGCUUCCACGCUCCCGCCGCCGAGCCGGCCUACCUCGCCGCGUGCCGCAGGGCCUGCAUCGCCGCUCGUGAGGCGCUGCAAGACGGUCCGCUCGCGGCGGCACGCGAGGCAGUCGCCGUGCUGGAGGACGACCCGUGCUGCAACGCCGGCCGCGGCUCGAACCUCAACCUGGACGGCGCCGUGGAAUGCGACGCCUCCGCGAUGGACAGCAGCACCGGAGCGUGGGGCGGCGUCGCCGCCGUUCCUGGCGUGCGCAACCCGGUGCGGGCGGCGAGCCUGCUCGCCGCGGAGCAGCGCGUUCCUCUCUCCCACGGCCGCGUGCGCCCGAUGCUGCUGUGUGGCGAGGGUGCGCGGCGGUACUGCGCUGCGAGCCUCGGUGACGGCAGCACUCCUCUCGGCUCGGACGGCCUCGUCACUGCCGAGGCACAGCGUCGCUGGAAGCGCUACUCCGACUGGCUCGAGACGGACUCGGGUCGUGACGGCGAGGAGGUCGGCGGGCGGAGAGCGGACGGAGAGGUCGACGCGUCACACCUCAGCGACACGGUCGGGGCGGUGUGUCAGCGACGGCAGGCUGAAGGCUACGACUGA